CGCCGGGACUCAAUACUCUCUACGGUGACGGCGAGUGAGUUGCAUCGCGAAGCUGCACAUGAGAAAUACCACAAUUUGACUUACAAGGCGGUGACUCCGAGGAGGAAGAAGUUUGUUUUGAAGCACAACAGUGUUUUAUCUGGUUUGGAUUACUGGUUGGACGUUAAUUCGAAGAGAUAUCUGAAAUAAUCCAAGAUGCCGGAGGACGUCGCCAUGGCCGAGGGAGGCGAAGUCGAGACAUUCGCUUUCCAGGCAGAAAUCGCUCAGUUGAUGAGUUUGAUCAUCAACACGUUCUACUCCAACAAGGAAAUCUUCAUCCGAGAAUUGAUCUCCAAUUCUUCCGAUGCUUUGGAUAAAAUUCGUUAUGAAUCUCUUAUCAAUCCGACAAAACUGGAUUCUUGCAAGGAGUUGUUCAUCAAGAUCAUCCCUAAUAAGAAUGAUCGUACACUGACCAUCUUGGACUCUGGUAUUGGUAUGACAAAAGCUGACUUGGUGAACAAUCUAGGAACAAUUGCAAAAUCUGGCACGAAGGCCUUUAUGGAAGCUUUGCAAGCUGGAGCUGAUAUCUCGAUGAUUGGCCAAUUUGGUGUAGGUUUUUAUUCAGCAUACUUGGUUGCUGAUAAGGUAACGGUUAUUUCAAAACAUAAUGACGACGAGCAAUACCUAUGGGAGUCGGCGGCUGGAGGCUCCUUUAUCGUAAGGCCUGAUAAUGGAGAACCGAUUGGUCGAGGGACAAAGAUCAUUCUACACAUAAAAGAAGAUCAAACCGAAUAUUUAGAGGAGUCAAAAAUAAAGGAGAUCGUAAAGAAGCAUUCACAGUUUAUUGGAUAUCCGAUCAAGUUAUUGGUUGAGAAGGAACGGGAAAAGGAACUCAGCGAAGACGAAGAGGAAGAACCAACAAAGGAUGUGGAAAAUGAAGAUGACAAGCCCAAGAUCGAAGAUGUCGGAGAAGAUGAGGAAGAGGAUAAAUCAAAGACGAAGAAAAAGAAAAAGAAGACUAUCAAAGAAAAAUAUACCGAAGAUGAAGAAUUGAACAAGACGAAGCCGAUCUGGACCAGGAACCCCGAUGAUAUCACGCAGGAAGAAUAUGGUGAAUUCUACAAAAGCUUGACCAAUGAUUGGGAGGACCACCUUGCCGUGAAACACUUCUCUGUCGAGGGUCAACUCGAGUUCCGUGCUCUCCUCUUUAUUCCUCGAAGAGCUCCAUUCGACUUAUUUGAGAACAAAAAACGAAAGAACAACAUCAAGCUAUAUGUACGAAGAGUCUUCAUCAUGGACAACUGUGAGGACCUCAUUCCAGAGUACCUGAAUUUCAUCAAAGGAGUCGUGGACAGUGAAGAUCUUCCACUUAAUAUCUCCCGAGAGAUGCUCCAGCAGAACAAGAUUCUCAAAGUCAUAAGAAAGAAUCUUGUUAAGAAAUGUUUGGAGCUCUUUGAAGAACUUGCCGAGGACAAAGAAAACUACAAAAAAUGCUAUGAACAAUUUAGUAAGAAUUUGAAACUCGGUAUUCACGAAGAUAGUCAGAACAGGAAGAAACUUUCGGAGCUUCUUCGAUAUCAUACUUCGGCUUCAGGAGAUGAAGCGUGUUCACUAAAAGAAUAUGUGGGACGCAUGAAGGAGAAUCAGAAGCACAUCUACUACAUUACUGGAGAGAGCCGAGAUCAAGUAGCUAACAGCUCCUUUGUCGAGAGGGUAAAGAAACGCGGAUUUGAGGUGAUCUAUAUGACGGAGCCCAUCGAUGAAUAUGUAGUGCAACAAAUGAAGGAGUAUGACGGGAAGCAAUUGGUUUCUGUCACUAAGGAAGGUUUGGAGCUUCCAGAGGAUGAAGAGGAGAAGAAGAAACGAGAGGAAGACAAGGCAAAGUUUGAAAGCCUGUGCAAAGUCAUGAAAGACAUCUUGGAUAAGAAGGUGGAGAAAGUAGUGGUGUCCAAUCGACUCGUCGAUUCUCCCUGCUGUAUCGUUACGUCGCAGUAUGGAUGGACUGCCAACAUGGAGAGAAUCAUGAAAGCGCAGGCGCUUCGAGAUACUUCAACAAUGGGAUACAUGGCUGCAAAGAAACACUUGGAAAUCAACCCUGAUCAUCCAAUCAUGGAGGCUUUGAGACAGAAAGCCGAAGCUGAUAAGCACGACAAAUCUGUAAAGGACCUGGUUGUGCUACUCUUUGAAACGGCAUUGCUAUCCUCAGGAUUUGCUUUGGAGGAUCCGCAGGUUCAUGCCUCUAGGAUUUACAGAAUGAUCAAACUGGGCUUGGGCUUUGACGAAGAUGACACUCCUGUUGUCGAAGAUGAGAAGAUCGACCGUGAAGUACCUACUUUGGAGGGUGAUUCUGAAGAGGCUUCUAGGAUGGAGGAAGUCGAUUAAAUAAUAGUUCAAAACAUACCGAGGAAACGAGAUUCCUUGGAAUCCAAAGACUUUUUAGGAAGGUAGAAGAAGACUUCGCUACAUGUUUCACUCUUAAAGCAUUAGAUUCCUUUAUUACCACAAUACAAUCAAAAUCUUGUGAAAAGAGAUACAUCCUAUGUCCCACUCGGUGGGAUAAUCCUUAACUUAUUUUUUAAUCCUAAGUCACGCCGAAAAGGAGUGCUUCAUUUAUACUGUUCGGCAGGGAAAUGACACUACCAUUGCUAUUGAUAUAUAUUUUUUUACCUUACCACCGCCCCCCUAUUAUAGAUACAAAAUAAUCCAAGAAGACACGCAGAGGAUAAAAUAUUCAGAAAAAAAUUCAUCAUUUAGAGGUGUUAACAAUUUCGGAUCUUUAAUAGGGGGGGAUUGUUUUCAUUUCUUGAAAGUCGUAUAGUCCAUGCUUCGAUUUUUUUUUACUUUUUCAUCAGUUUCAACAUUAAAUGUUCACUCGUAUCAUUCCAUGAGUCGCUCUAGGUUUAUAUGUAAGGAGGUUAAGAGAGACGCUUGACGAGCAUACAGUGAUUUAAUGCAAAAUAAAAUCCCUGUUACUCGUAAUGUCUUAAUUUUAUACUUAUUUCCUCCCACCGAUCCUCAAAAUUUUACGUGUCCUGUAACGAGACCGAUGGAUUUUUUUAAAUCACCUGCUUUAUAUUUAAAAUGCCAAUAAUCUGAUAUACAUGCGCAGCAAAACUGAACAAAUUAACGAGCAACCGCUUUUGUUCUGCGAGUUUGUGUAAACUUUCAUGUAAUAAUAAAUUAAAAUGUGGAGUUUUCAAUGUUUCA